AUUUAAAAAAUUAAAAAAAAUGAAAGUCGCUUUAUGAACUCUUACCUGGAAAAACUUUCUAAAAACAUUUUAUUAAAGGCUAUUUUUGUGGCCAUUGUCAAAUCAUCGGGGACGGUGCAACUAUUGGAUCGCCCAAGGCGUAAAGGGAAUUUGUUCUGUGCAUCAAUCGGUGAUAGUUGAGCCAGCCGCCAAAGCCAUGAGCUAUCAAAACGAGAGAGGGACAGCGGAUGGUUAUCCUCCUCCGGGGUACGCGGCACCCUAUCCAUAUCCACCGCCUGGGUAUCAAGGACCACCUCCACCUGGAUAUGCAUACCCACCACCACCACCUGGUUACCAGCCUCCACCAGAACAACAUUGCUGCCAUCAGGGGCCUCCUCCUCCUCCAGGAUAUCAACAGGGUUACCAGGGUUAUUUCAAUCAGGGCUACCCUCCUCAGCAAUACCCUCCUCCUCCACAGUAUGCGUAUGCAGAACAACCUCAGCCAUCUUAUGGAAACUUUUUAGAAGGAUGUUUGGCAGCCUUAUGUUGUUGCUGUUUACUUGAAGAGUGCUGCCCAUAAGAUGGUAAUAACGACUUCCUUGAAAAAAUGUGCCGAGUCGUUUUAUUGUUGGUUUGAAAUGUUUUUGUGAGAGUAAUAUUUGGGACUGAUUCCCAGUGUUCCCUUUUUUGUCUUUCAAGAAGAGGAACAAAAGUGUGAAUAUUGUAAUGUGGCCGGGCAUGUGUGUGUGAGGUGUUAUAUGUAUUACACAAAGAUUAAAAUGAUUCACGUGACUAUGAUAAAUAGUUGACUUGUAUUGGUUUCAUAUGAUAAAUAUUUAUUACAUUAUGACUUGUAUACAGUA